UUGAACUUUUUUAGGCAAAAUACAUUGUAAUUUCUUAUUGUUUUUGUUUUGUUAGUACAUUGUAAUUUCUUUAUCUCCGCUAAAUUUCUUUUUCUGCGAAUAUAGUGUAGAAUUUCAUUAUAUAUCCACUAAAUUUCUUUUUCUGUGAAUUUUUCAAAAUACAUUCAAAUUUCCUUCUCACGAAAAUCCACAAACACAUUCUCAUUCUCCUUCGCAAAGAAACCCUAAAUUCUCCAUCACGAUCAGUUUGAAGGCAACAACAACUGAACUCAUUUGCAAAACCCUAAUACUGAAUAACUCGCACCGUCUUUUCAAGUAUGUAUAAUCAGCCUUCAAAGCGAAACUGUCAAAACGACAUCGUCUGCACUCAACCGGUGUUCGACCCCAACACCAACAAUAAUCACCCGUUCUUGCCUUCUGAACUCAUCGUCGAGAUUCUUCUGAGGCUUCCGGCGAGGAUUCUCCUUCAAUUCAGGUGCGUUUGUAAAUUAUGGAAAACCCUAAUUUCAGAUCCCAAUUUCGCCAAAAAACAUUUUCUCAUCUCAAUUGCGGAUCCAAGCAUGUCUCAUCACCGAUUGGCAUAUCAGGAUCGCUCUUACCCUUUAAAGUCAUUAUUCGAAAACCCAUCAGCCCUUGCUAUACCAGAUAGAUUCAAAGGCUUGGAAAACGACCAGAAUUUUAUUUUAGGUUCAUGCAACGGUUUCUUGUGUCUUUAUGAUCCUCAUCCAGAUCAAAAUAAAAUAAUAAUGUAUAACCCUUCUAUCCAUUUGAAAUCCAAUAGUUCUCCCCAAGUUAAACCUUCGCCUAAUUGGGGGAUGCCUUGUAAUGGCUUUGGCUAUGAUCAUGUUAAUGACAAGUAUAAGGUAUUAGCAGUUGUGGAAAAUGGCGGUGACGAUAUUAACGAUGAAGAUGUUGGUGAAUUAUUGACCAAAAUUUAUACCUUUGGUGAAGAUUCUUGGAGGACAAUUCAGGAUUUACCCCAUCCUCCUCCUAUCCAGAUGUCCGGAAAAUAUGUGAGUGGCACUCUGAAUUGGGUUGCUCGUAGAUGGGGUUACCCAACACGAUAUGUUAUUAUCUCUUUUGAUCUGGAUAAGGAGACUUACCGGGAUGUGUUGCUGCCUCAAAAUGUUCCUGACGCCGACUACAUGUGCAUACCUUCACUUUGCGUUUUGAAUGACCAUCUUUGUUUAUGUUUUGUGAACAAAACUCAUUUGGUUGUGUGGUCGAUGGAAGAGUAUGGAGUUGUUGAGUCCUGGACUGAAUUGAUAAACACCCCUCGUGAGAAGUUAACCUUCUUGAAUCCUAUAAAUACAUAUUCUAUUAUUGAACUAUUGUUCAUUUCAGAAAAUGGUGUUGUUCUUCUAAUGGCGUCUUCCCAACUUUUCCUAUAUAACUUAAAUAGUGGUGUGUUGGAUCAUCCCUUUAUAAGUAUGGACAAGUUGAGUGCGUGUGAUCUACAUAUUUAUCGUGAGAAUCUAAUAUCUCCGCAAUGAUAUAUCACACCUGUGUACAGUGGAGUCUUCCUUGUUUUGGUUGUACUCAGAACAACAUAGAAAUAUGUGGUGAGUUUUUUUGUUUUUGUUAACAAAAGAGGGAAAACAUUUGCUUUGUUUUGUUUUAGACAUUCAAUUCAUUUAGAUAGGGAUUUUAGUUGGUUUAGUUCGGCAGUAGGGAAGAAGGUGGGUAGAGGUGAUUCAACGUCAUUUUGGAAUGAGGUGUGGGUUGGUAAUCAAUCACUAAGGACUAGAUUCCCUCGGCUGUAUGGUAUUAUUAUUAAAAAAGAUGAGGUAAUUCAAGAUAUGGGCUGUUUGAUGGGUUAGUGGUGGCGGUGGGAUUUAGCUUGGGGAAGAAACCGAUUUGAGUCGGAGGAGGAUCAAUAUGUGAGUUUGCUGAGAUUAUUGCUCCUUUUGCCCUAGUGGAUAAUCAUGACAGGUGGUUGUGGCUUUGGAUGGUAUUCAAGGGUUUACAGCUAAAUCGGCUUACCUUUUAUUGUAGAACAUGUGACUAAUCGUCUAAUUUUGGAACCUAUGGAGGAGUUUGUAUUCUAAAAUCUUUGGAAGUGUGCAGCGCCAUUGAAGGUUCGUGCAUUCUCUUGGCAGUUGUUGCUAGAUCGGGUCCAAACUAAGGAUAAUCCACGAAAGUGCAAUAUGUUACAAGAGAACCAAUAACACCGUGUUUUGUGUGGAUGGAGGACGGAAACAGCAGUACAUCUCUUUCUUCAUUGCAACUGUGCGGCUAAGGUAUGGUAUGAAUUAACAAGGUGGCUGGGUUUUAAUUUGAUCAUUCCCCCUAGUCUUGUUAUAUCGUUUGCUAUGUGGAUUUCUAGUGUGCAAAAUAAGAAAUAAAAGGCAGGGAUGGGUUUAAUUUGGAAUGCGAUUAUGUGGGUCUUGUGGAAGGUGCGGAAUGAUUGUGUCUUCAACAAUAGGGUGGUGAAUCAAGUUAGGUUAGUGUCUUGGCAAUGGUUUAUUGGGAGAAUGGCGAAGGGGCCGUGUCUUUUGUAUGAAUGGAGGUGGAGUCCGAUUGAUUGCUUGAGAAGAUGACAGUGGGCUGGUGUGAGCAGUCAAUUUCAACUGUGGUUUCAAGUUUUAUUAACAGAGGUCCUCAGUCGACGUUUUGGUGCUUGUGGGACUGAUUUAUGCGGCUGUGGUUGGUUUUUGUUUUUCUGUUAUGUUAUAACUGUUGGCUAGCACUUUCGCUUAUUUUUCGUUUUCUCCCUGUAGUACUGUUUGCUUGGCCCCUUAACAUACCUUAUGUUUUGGUGGGUCUUUGAAUAUAAUAUAUUAUUGCUGCUAAAUAUAAAAUGCUUUUAUUGAAUC